AUUAUUCAUAUUGACACUAUCUAUUGUGCUGUCCAUCUUAUUCCUGUGUAUGGCACGGACUUUCUGUCUUGGGAACUCAAAUUUUAUCAUUCCUAUGAUGCGUUUCAACUCUACUAUGUCAAUAACUAUGCUGACCAUCAUGCCUUCGAGAUUGCAUUUUGA